AGCCAUUAUAGCCCGCCCCUCGAGCCCCUUGUGAAAGCGUGUACAAGAGUAUAAAUGGCUGUACUGAUUAUGCGUAAAGUUAGAAGAAUUGAACUUGGGGAAGAUCUACAACAAUGGACCUCAGUUCAUUGAUUUUUCUGAUACUUUCAUGCUCGCUUUGUUACGUUUUUGCAUUGUCACCGAAACAAGAGGUGUGUCUACUUCAAGUAGAUGAGGGACCUUGCGGAGAAGAUAUCCAGCGUUACUACUACAAUACUAUCACUCAACAAUGCGAGGAGUUUCUCUAUGGAGGCUGCCAAGGGAAUGCAAACAACUUCAUGAGUUUUCAGGAGUGUCAGAAAGCAUGUUUUAGAAUACCAAAGAUCCCUCAGAUCUGCAGGUUCCAGAAAAAGGUGGGUCCCUGCCGGGCCAUGUUCUUGAGCUACUUUUUCAACAUGACCACCAUGCAGUGUGAGCAGUUCUUCUACGGAGGCUGCCAGGGCAACGAGAACCGCUUCCAGGACCAGAUGUCUUGCAUGGAGUACUGCAGACCACACAAAACUACUCCUGUGCUCUGCCUGGAUCCCCUGGAUAAAGGAGGCUGUGCUGCAUCUGUACCGCGUUACUACUACAACUCAGCCUCCAGGAUGUGUGAGCAGUUCAUCUAUUCAGGCUGUGGAGGAAGCAGCAACAACUUUAUAUCCAGACAAAGCUGCAUGGACGUCUGUGCUAAAGAUGGGAAACCAUGGAUAACCAAAAACAAAGGCAGAAGAGCAGGCAUGAUGAGAACAACCGCCAGAAAACGUAUUAGAAUAAAGUCUAAUAGAGGUAUUAAAAUGGUCAACAAUUUGAUUCAGUGAUUUUUAUUCAAAGGGUCACAUGAAUUGACCGUAAAUGAACAGACAUUGAAAUGUUGAAUUGUAUGUUUUUUUUACUGCACCAGAAUUGGCUUGCUACUUGCACUGCAUUUUUCUGUAAUGAUUAACUGUGAUGCACAGUUGAAAAUAGCGAACCAAUCAAUCAAAUGUGAAUCAACCUACACCAGCAAUAUUUUUGCUGAGUAGGUUUCUCAAGACAGUUUGUAUUGUAGUAUACAUUUAUCAUGGCAACUAUCAUACAAUAUAAAAAAUAUAUUGUUAUUUUAGAUUUUUUAAAAUACUGUUUAUACUUUAACUGUUUACUGUUUUCUACCAUUUAUGAUGAAGUAUUACUGAGGCACUGUUUAGAUUGUUAAGCAAUAUUAGCAAAAUAAUGAAUGUAUUUUUUUGUGUUUUCAACAUAGUACAUUUGAACAAAAACCUUUGGUUAGCUUUAUAUGAAGUUUUUGCAGCAUGACAUAAUGGAUAUAAUAAAUAACUCAGAAAUGAGUCUGUACAGGA